AUGCGGUCAUCGAACUCUCGCGUGUCCCUCCUCGCGACCUUGCUGUUAGCGGCAUCCCACCUCAGCUCCUCACUGAAUAUACCCCCAGUGUUUAAAAAUACCAACCUGUUACGGACGAUUGAUGCGUCUAAAGCUUAUGUUAAGGAGACAAUUGCUGUGAUUAUCGAGAAUACAUCCCACCAGCCGCAGACAGAGUACUAUUUGCCGCUACUGGUACCCGGGUCUUCUGCAGUCAGUUAUGUGGAGUGUAAAGACAAGAAGGAGGGCACUCCUUGUACGGCUGAAGCUGUAGAUGAUACGACAGAUUAUCCUCUACGUUACUACAAAAUAACGUUGCCAACAACCCUCCAGCCGGCAGCUCAAAUCACUUUGGUUGUCACGGCAGGUGUUACAGGUGCUCUAACACCCGUUCCGGCCAUAAUCGGUCAAAGCGACAAGCAGUACCUCUCGUAUACCAGUGCCAAAUUCGUUCCUAGCCCUUACUUGACUGAGAAGCAGAAGACGAAAUUUCGAGCGGCCAAUGGCGAGAUCCCAGAUUACACUAUCUACGAGCAUACUGAGAAGAGCGGAUACGUUGUCUCUUAUGGGCCCUAUGACAACGUCGAACCCUGGGGUACCGACGCGCAAGUUGAUGAAUUUACCAUCCGAUUCGAGUUUACAAACCCGAUUGUUUAUAUGGAAAAAUUGGAACGUGAUAUUGAGGUUUCACACUGGGGCAACAAUCUGGCCAUCGAAGAGAGAUACUGGAUGACCAACAAUGGCGCCAAAUUGAAGGAACAAUUCUCUCGUCUAUCCUGGGCCACGACUUCUUACUACAAUCCUCCGACAGCCGCCAUCAAAUCGCUCCUCUUCCCUCUCCGAGUUGGCAGCAAGGAUGCGUAUUACACCGACGAGGUUGGAAAUGUUUCUACUUCCAAGUUCAGAAGCGACUCCCGUGAGGCCAUUCUCGAUAUCAAACCCCGAUUUCCCAUCUUUGGUGGAUGGAACUAUAGUUUUGUUGUUGGGUGGAACAAUGAUCUGCCAGCGUACCUUAGGCACGGGGAGGGAGACGGGUACAUCCUAAAGGUGCCGUUGUUGCAGGGCCCAUCUCAAAGCACAUCGUAUGGAAAGGUUGAAGUUAGGAUUAUCCUACCAGAGGGUGCAACCAAUGUCAAAUAUGUUAGCCCAAUCGCCAUUCACAAGGAGGAAAGAUUCUUGCACAAGACUUUCAUGGAUACCAUUGGCAGGACAUCAAUUAAGCUCACGAUCGAUAAUGUGGUUGACGAAUUGAAGAAUAGGGAUAUCAUUAUCACCUAUAAUUAUAGCACAAUUGCAGCUCUACGAAAACCAUUGGUGGUUUUGGCGUCGGUUUUUUUCUUGUAUGUUGUAACGGCGAUAUUGGGGAGGAUAGAUCUUUCCAUCGGAAAAUAA